AUGCCGGUGUAUAUGCUCCACGGCUUCCGCUGGCCCCGCGCCGGGUUCACGGGGAUCCGCGUAUACAUCGUACUCCACAAUCUGGAAGAAGCAGCAGCGGAAUACAUCCAGCAACCGCUGACUACCGAGCUGCUCGCAGAAUCCUUCCACAAAACACAAGCGGACCUCGUGACCCGGCUGCCGGAGCUGUCGUUUAUCGAGCAGUAUGACCCCGCCGACGAGUCGAGUGGCACCGUCAGCCAGGAUCAUGCGUAUAUUUCGACGCGGGUUCUAGAGAUUCCAGAGGAUGGGAGUGGUAGUUGUGGCGGAGAGAAUAUUGAGGAUUGCGUGGAACAAGGAUCCGGGUUGACGGAUGACCAGACGGCGGCGUUGGAGGAAUUGCGCGAUCGUCUAGCCCCCGGUGAGAAGAUCGGUUGGUAUCUUGUUUACAAUGGAGAUCCUGAACGGUGGUUUCCUGAUUCUGAGGACGAAGAGGAUUAUGAGUCUGAGGAGGAAUCUGAGGAUGAGAGCCAGAUUCAGAGCCAGAUUCAGAGCCAGAUUCAGAGCCAGAGUCAGGUCCAGAGCCAGAAGGGGGAUAGCUUUACAGAGCCUACUAGUCCGCAGAGCUAUACGGUCCAUUUGUUCCGUCACCACGCAGUGUCACUCGUUGCCUCGUUGUUCCAUGUGUUACACGGGGCUUUUAUGGGAGGAGCUUUUAACGAAUUCUACGCUUUGUCCGAUCUGGGCGGUGAGUCCGGGCAAUAUGGGAGGGGAGCUUCGAUAACGGGAGCAGCGGAGACCAUCGAAAGCUUGUCACAACACUCCCCGAGUGGUUUCAUAAAUGCUGACCAGGUGACAUCCUGGCUUUCUAUCGCAAUGGUUCUCUCAUUUAUCCUGGUUCAGAAUCGCCAGGGGAAAACGCGCCUGGCGAAAUGGUAUUCACCGUACAGUGAUGAAGAGAAAGUCAAAUUGAAAGGCGAGGUCCAUCGCCUCGUCGCCCCCCGAGAUCAGAAAUACCAGUCCAACUUUGUUGAGUUCCGUCGGAGUACCAAGGUCGUCUACCGAAGAUAUGCUGGCUUGUUCUUUUGCGUCUGCGUCGACGCGAAUGACAACGAAUUAGCCUAUCUCGAGGCUAUCCAUUUCUUUGUCGAAGUGCUGGACCAAUUCUUUGGCAAUGUGUGCGAGCUGGAUUUGGUCUUUAAUUUCUACAAGGUCUACGCUAUCCUGGACGAAGUCUUUCUCGCAGGCGAGAUUCAAGAGACAAGCAAGCAGGUCGUUCUCACGCGAUUGGAACACCUGGAUAAGUUGGAGUAG